UGGGUGCGCGUAGCACGCGUUGCGCAUGCCCCACGCUGCGGGGGUCCGCCCCAGCCGCCGCCUCCUGUCUCGCACCACUACUCUCUAUCCCUAGAGCUUUGCCGUUGGGCACAGCUGCUUCGCCUCUGUAGACCCUGCGCGGUAGCGACAUGGAGGAAUUCGACUCUGAAGACUUCUCCACCUCCGAGGAGGACGAGGACUACGUGCCCUCGGGUGGAGAGUAUAGUGAAGAUGAUAUAAAUGAAUUAGUGAAGGAAGAUGAAGUGGAUGGCGAAGAGGAGACACAGAAAACCAAAGGGACAAAAAGAAAGGCUGAGAGCGUUCUGGCCAGGAAGAGAAAACAAGGUGGCCUCUCACUAGAAGAGGACGAAGAGGAUGCCAAUGAGGAAUCCGGAGGAAGUAGUGUUGAGGAGGAAGAUGCAGCACCAGGGCAGCAAAAAGGCGUUGAGUCAGAGGAUGCCAGGAAAAAGAAGGAGGAUGAACUAUGGGCCAGCUUCCUGAAUGAUGUAGGCCCAAAAUCAAAAGUGCCCCCAAGUACACACGUUAAAACAGGAGAGGAGACUGAAGAGACAAGUUCAAGUCAUUUGGUCAAAGCAGAAAGGCUAGAGAAACCUAAAGAAACAGAAAAAGUUAAAAUUACAAAGGUGUUUGAUUUUGCUGGUGAAGAAGUCAGGGUGAUUAAGGAAGUGGAUGCCACAUCUAAAGAAGCCAAAUCCUUCUUCAAGCAAAAUGAGAAAGAAAAACCCCAGUCUGAUGUCCCUCCAGCAGCGCCAUCGCUUUCUGCCGGGUCAGGCACAGUGUUGGCAUCAGCAUUCCUAGAACUGCAGCCUGGCCCCACCUCUCUACCCAGAGUAGGAUGCUGCACCACAGACUACACAAAGCCAUCAUAGAUUUCUUUUUUUGCUGCAAAGGACAUUUUUUACUUAAAGCCUGUAGGUCAGACAGGUAAAAGCAGAAGAAUAUAAUGAGGACCCAGGACUGCCCCAUUCGGCCAUCGUCACCUGAUUUGUACAGACCAUACACUCCAGGAAAUAGCAGGUAUCUGAUGGUGGCCAAAGGAUCUCUGGGAAAGAACAGCUUCAGUGACUGUCUGGGUUUUUCUGAGUUUCUUCAUCUUAUAUAAGUAACUUCCCGUAGUUAUGGGAAUGGGUCAAGACAAGCUCUUUUGCUUGUUUUUCUUAGACGUCACUCCAAUCCGUGCCAUAGCUGCACAUUGCAGAAUAGUAGAAGGAAAAGAGCAAAAAAAUAACAAAAGUUCUGAAAACAAAUUCAAGGAAACCAGAGGAACCAAAGAGGAAACUGACAUGAGAAAUUCAGAAAGAGCCCGGCCUAGUUGAAAACAUGCCCAUGCGUGCGUUCCGAGUUUUUUUUCCGUGGUAUAUUUAUGGAGGCUACAGGUGCCCUGGGAGUUCUAUUGUGUAUUGUAAAUGUUUCAUUCUCUGAACUUUUCUAGUCCUUAUCCCUUUCUAAGUUUUUGUAAUAUCUGACUGAACAUUGUUUUGAGAUGGAAUUUUUAGUUCCUGCUGUACCUCUUCUUGUCCCAAAGUAACAAACUCUAAUAGCAAUAUCACUCUGGGAGGCAUUUAUGGGGACCUGAAUCUGUGACUGUAGCCCAGAAUUUCACCUGUGAAAGUUCUCAUUGCUGGAUAGUGGUUGGUAUUGUCAUUGUGCUCAGGACCCUGUAUGUUUACAUGUUGAGGUCAUGAGCCCCACCAGUGGGAGCCCAGCUUACUUGGUUUACUUACCUCUGUAUCAGCAGCACCCAGAAGAAUUUAUGUUAGAAACAGGCACUUAAUAAAUAUUUGUUGAAUUAAUGAGUGGUUUUAGGAAGGAGAUUGGGGAAGGAGUGUUUUGAAAGGACAGCCCAAAAUGCAUCUUAACACUGAAGAAGUUGAACAUUCCUCUCCACAUUUCCUUAUGCACGUGUGUAGGUGUUUCUCCUGGUCUGUUUUGGGAAGUGUUUUUAACCAUGACCCCAUAGGAAGAAAUAUAAUAAGACAAAAUGCACUAUUUGUGUGUAAUGAGGUAAAAAUAUAACAUUUUAUUCCAUUUACUUUUAUUAAAAUAAAAUACUGAUUGUACCCGCUAAA